CCGAUACUUGAAAUAAAUAUGGUGGCAGAUUGGGGGCCAGUGGUGGUUGCAGUGGCGAUGUUCAUCUUACUGUCACCAGGAUUGCUAUUCCAGCUACCAGCAAGGACUCGGGUGAUUGAGUUCGGGAACAUGUACACAAGUGGGAUUUCCAUCCUAGUCCAUGCCAUCUUAUUCUUCUGUAUAUAUACAAUCUUGAUAGUUGCAAUUGGUGUUCACAUACGAUCCGGUUGAUACUACUAGCAAUAAAGGCAGCAUUUGAGUUUUCUUCG